CCGUUGAAAUAUUCAUGAUGAUACCGGUAACGAACGAUGAUGAUUAUCACGGUGGUAGUGUGGAUGUUUCACACUAGAUGUAAACAAAAGCUCUACAUCAAAGCUACCCAGGCGUAGACACAACAUGAACACUCUUAACAACAUAACAAUCGAUCGAUCGACGACUCAGUCACACACACCAACAGAGCUCGGGUUGAGAUUCGGCAGCUGGUCGCCACCGAUUGACCUUGCUUUUUGUUUUGUGUUUACUCCUUCGUAAACACGCACUGGGUGGAGAGGGUGGCGUAUGUGUAUAUAUGCUUUAAUACAAUUUCGGCACUACGACACAAAUGUUUGGAAUAACUACAAUAUGUUCGCGAGCCGCGGACUUAACGAUGAUGAGACUAGAUUAGUCGAACGCAACGCUUCGUCGUUCUAGCAGCACUGUUAAACUGGUUAGUAUAAAACUCAUUGUCAGAAUACAGUUCAGUUCAAACGCGCAAAAGAAAAGACUCGAGUGGAGUGUGUGUCUCAUUUCCUUUCGCAGUAAUUAUUGCUAAACAUUUCUGGAGCGAGUACAUAUUUGGAUCAGUCGAUUAGAAACAGUUGUUCUGAUAGGACGUACACAAAAAAUGGACCCCCUCAUAGUGCUAGCCAUACUGGGCAUAGGCGUGCUCAUAUAUCUCUAUAUCGCCGAAAAGUAUCGAUUCUUCAAAUAUCGCAACAUGCCUUACGUGAAGCCGACGUUCCUUUUGGGCAAUACGGCGCCCGUACUGUUCAAGCGAAGCAAUCUUUUGCAGCAUCUCCAGUACAUCUACGAUGAAUAUCCGGAGUCCAAAAUCAUCGGAUUAUUCGAUUUCCUGAAGCCGGUGAUGAUGAUCCGCGAUCCGGACGCGAUCAAGCGUAUCGGUGUUAAGGAUUUCGAUCAUUUCACCGAUCAUACGCCGGUCUUCACCAGCCCGGAAAUGGAAGAUGUUGGCGGGGAAAGUCUGUUCGGUAACUCGCUGUUUUCGAUGCGGGGACAAAAGUGGCGCGAUAUGCGUACGACGUUGAGUCCCGCCUUCACCGGGUCCAAGAUACGGCAGAUGUUCGAACUGGUGUCGACGUGUGCCGAGUCGGCAGCGGAUUUCUUCCUGACGGAGGCGAAAGCCGGUCGAAAGUUGGAGUACGAAAUGAAGGAUGUCUUCACACGAUUUGGCAACGAUGUAAUUGCCUCCGUUGCGUUUGGUAUCAAGGUGGACUCGUUGCGAGAGCGGGAGAAUGAUUUCUACGUGAAAGGGAAAGCGAUGCUGAAUUUUACGACGCCAAUGACGCUGCUAAAGGUAAUAUUGUUUCGCGUUGCCCCAGCGCUUACAAGGUGGAUGAAGAUUGACAUUUCAAAUCCGAACCUGCUAGCGUACUUCAAAGGCAUGAUUCUCGACAAUAUGCAUCAGCGUGAAGUGCACGGGAUUGUCCGAAACGACAUGAUACAAAUGAUGAUGCAGCUUCGGAAGGGUGCUGCGCAGCAGCAGAAUGAGGACCCCGAGCCGAAGGAUGCAGGAUUUGCAGCUGUUGACGAGAUUCCUGUGAAAAAAUCGGCCCACAACCGUGAAUGGACCGAAAACGAACUGAUUGCUCAGUGUUUUCUAUUUUUCUUGGCAGGAUUUGAAAGUGUCUCCACCUGUCUAGCAUUCGUUUGCUACGAAUUGCUAGCAAAUCUCGACGUUCAGCAGAAGUUGUACGAAGAAAUCCUGUCGACGGAUAAGCAGCUCGAGGGAAAACCGCUGACUUUCGAAGCUUUGCAGAAAAUGCCGUACAUGGAUAUGGUGGUUUCGGAAACGCUUCGCAUGUGGCCUCCCGCGCCAGUCAUUGAUCGGUUUUGCGUCAAGGAUUACGUUUUCGAUGAUAACGCUGGAACUCGAGUGAAGAUCGAUAAAUGGCAAACUUUGUGGUUCCCGAUUGCGGCGUUGCACCGCGACCCGCAGUACUAUCCCGAUCCGUACAAAUUCAAUCCGGAACGCUUUAGCGAGGAGAACAGAGACAACAUAAAUCCGGCAGCUUAUCUACCCUUCGGUGUGGGCCCAAGAAACUGCAUCGGAUCGAGAUUUGCCCUGAUGGAGGUGAAGGCCAUCGUUUAUAACUUGUUGAAGAAUUUUACUUUGGAGCGGACGGAAAAAACUAAAAUUCCGCUGCGUUUGGUCGAGAGUAUCGUGGUAAUGCAGGCAAAAGAUGGCAUUUGGCUAGAGCUGAAGCCGAGAAAGUGAAAGAAGUGUUUCGGCUUGGUACAAGUACGAUUUAAUCCUCUUAUUGUUUCCUUAUAAUAAAAACGCGAAGGAUUGAAGAGUAAAUAUCUCCAAAAAAGCCUCGUUUUCGAGCGAAUUUUUUCAUAUAGUUUUACUAGCAUAAAAAAGCAAAAAAAAUAAAAAAUGUUUUUGAUAUUUUAUAAUUGAAGUAAAUUACCAAUUCUCAUCAAUCUAUGUCAGUUGAUCUGUUUUCAACUGUAAUCCUUUUCUAGUAAGUGGUCGAAUUUCAUCUUUCUCUCCAUCUUAUUAGUAGUAUUAAGAAAGCUUAUGAAAAAUUGAACAGACCUCCCGAAGUUAAUUGUAAAGAUUCACUUUUACGGUUCCUUUUGUGUCAACUCAUUUGCAUUGUGGGCAUUAUUUGGUUCAAUUCAUCAGUAGCAACGAGAGGAAGAAAGCUUGUGAAACUAUACUUGCUCCUUCUAGUUUCGCUGCUGUGAAUUGCAAGUGAACGCACUUCGUUACUCUGUAGUUCAAAGUAUAUGUGGAACCACCAGUUCCGCGUGCUGAUUGAUGUCAUUUUGGCAGACGUGUAAGAUGCGUCUUUGUAUACUAAUAAAUGAAGGAUACGGCGCGUUUCGCUACAGGAAAGUUCCUUUUCGUUCUGGUAGCAAAAACAUCAUCAACAUGCUGUUACGAAGUAAACCAUUCACGGUGCUCCCACAGACCAUUAUUUUGAAAAAAAUGCACCAAAUGAUCUGAGUACACCAUUCGAUUCGUUAUGACGUCCUAAAUCUCUGGUCAAAAUUUCAAAUACUUUCAAAAUCGUCGGACGGGACAUUUUUAAGCAAUGCCUUUUUGAAGGUCGUAAAGAACAAAAAAGUGAUAUAAAAACGACGAAAUACUCAUUGUAGAGCACGUUUUUCAACCACCAUUUCAUGAAAUAACUUCCAAAAUAUUUUGUACACAUUUCAAGUAUUAUAUUUCAUGAAAUUUACAGUGCACAGAGGUCUUAACUCGAAAAAUUGUGAUCGUUUUAGAUUUGACUGCGAAAAAAUGGUUUUUUUGUACUCAAUGUUAUCAGCAAGAUUGUUUCAUAGAACAUGGCCUUACUUUUGGCGUUUUUGAUUUUUCGAUCAAUCCAGCUAGAUAAUUUUUUUUUCUAAUUUUAAUAUACCAUAGAGCUUCUUUCAGCAAAGUUGUGGAAAAACUUUAAGAAAAAAAAGGUGAAAAUUGCGAUCUCCUAGAUCGAUCCUAGAGUUUUUUAUUGUACACCUCUUCUCAAAAUCGGUUCUUUAUCUAUAACUUAUCUGUGAUUGUCAAAACAAUAAAUUUUACAAAGUUAUGAGAGAAGCUAAGCUGUAUGAAUAAAAUUUUAGAGCAUUUGGACCGUGCCUUUGUUUUGGAAGAAAAUUAAAUUUUAUCCUAGCCUUUAUCCCGUAGCUUGCAGUAAUCGUAAGUACUCAAAGUGCAUGCGAUAUUUGCUUCCGCUAGUGCGACGAUACUGGGGUUAUUCGAAAGAGAGCAAAUAUAUAUUUCUAGAGAAUAGAGAAUAGAGUGUUCCGUGACUUCGGUAGUAUGAAAUAUCCUGAUGUAUUG